AUGUCCAAAAACCUGGUUGUGUCUUUGAAUAUGAAUGGGUUAAGCGAGGAUGUUCCGGACCUCUUUGUAGAGGACGACGUGGAACUACAUGCCAAGAACUGGGCCAAGGAAAGGGUGAGGGUAGAAUUCUUCGUGGACGACAAAUCCUUCAAGGAACGUCUCCAGCUAUACUUCAUCAAGAACCAACGAUCAAGUUUACGAAUCCGUCUAUUCAACUUUACCAUAAAGCUUUUAUCAUGUUUAUUGUACGGAAUCAGAGCGUCCAUGGACAACGAGCCAAGGACCGUCAACUGCUAUGGUUGCCCUCCAAGAGAAAACACCCAGCCAAACGAUACAGACCAAGGCACCUGCAGCAGUAUGAACUUGUCACCUGCAGAAAAAUCAGUGGCCAUCGAUUGGUAAGUGUUAUGAUUCUCAUCUGCAUCUUCAUCAAUUAAAUGUUAUGUAACCUGUUCAGUACAUCAAAAUAGGGAACCCAAUCCCUCACAAAAUGAGAUAUAAAAAGAAAAAUACAAAUUCUGCUUGAUUUUUUUUCUCAUUUGUUCUUGCUAUUCAGAAUAAGUCUGAUCCAAUCAUCCAAAUGUAUUUAUUUAUUCAUCAAGAUGUCCAUUUAGAUGGAUUUCUUUCAUAUCUGUUCACCAAGUUAUUUUAAACAGGUGUAAAUUUUUCAUCUUCAAAUUUACUUGGGUCAGUGUCCCUUUCAUAUCUAACAAUUUUAGCUCUUAGAACUUAGAUGCAAACAGCUACUUAAAACUGAUGAGUUGAAUAAUUAUGCCACAUUUUACAAUGUUUAAAUUUCCCUGCUAAUUUUAAUAUGAAAUGGAAAUAGAUUGAAAAUUGUAAUAACAAAUAAGAAAAAAAACUAAUAAGUAGAUUUUAAAGAAUUAGCAUAUAUUAUGUAUACUAUUUUUAUUUGAUUCCAACGUUUUUUUAUGAAAAGAAACGUGGCACACAUCACCUUGCCUUUGAGCAAAAGUGUCUUUUUAGAUUUGAGAGUUGGAUGGUACAUUUUCCCUGAAAAUUGGGUCAUGAAAUUGAACACGUUUCUACAUCCCUGUGAGGUAUAUCUAUUGAAAUGGAAGUAGGACGCUGCCACAUAUCUGGGUUUUUAGUGAAGACUUUAAACCUACUUUUUGGGGGUGUGACUUAAUAAAUUUUAGUGCAAAUUAUAUUACAGUCUGCACAUAUUUACUUUCUGAAGCCUAAACCGAGGUGUAUAAUGUGAUUUGAUGAUACAGUAGAAAAGUGCAUUUUAUUAUCUUCAUGGUAGGGAAUAUCACUUUACAUUCCCACAUGAGGAUAUUUGAAAUAUGUGUCAUUUAUGGGCGUCGCCUUCCCGCACAAAGGCCGUUAGCACCUUCCUGCACAAAGGCCGUUAGCGCGCACUGCACGUCGCCUUCCCCCGGAAGGGCCGUUAUCGUGCAUUGAACAGUACGCGCUAACGGCUUUUGUGCGGGAAGGCGACGCGCAGUCCGCGCUAACUGCCCUUUCAUGGGAAGGCAACGCAUAGUGCGCGCUAACGGCCUUUAUGCGGGAAGGCGACAAUAUGGAGUUACAUUAUUUGUGUAUAUGUAACUCUGUGGUGCUUUUUUUAAUGCUGAAAUUUACAAGAUGUGCUUUAAGAGCAUCUCUUUAUUUGAAAGAAACAGAGUAUUGGGCAUUUUAUGAUGCAAUAUAUUGUUAUUAUUAUAAACACCUCUUAUCCAUCUGUAAAUCCAACGGAUGAAUUAUCGUUGUAAAGUAUGCAGCAUAAUUUAUCCUUUUAGUAUGAACUGGACGAUUGUGAAGAAGGAAAUUCAGGGAAGAAGAAGAUGGUAGAAGGAGGAGAAGGAGAAGAAACAGAAGAAGAUCAUAAAGAGAGAAGUAGGAAAAGGAUAAAGGGAAGGAAAAGUGAAAGAGAAGGAGGGGAAAAGGAAGAGGGGGUAGAAUAAGUGAAAGAAUGAGGAGGAGGAGAAGAAGAAAGGAGAAAUAGGAAGAAGGGGUAGAAUAAGCGAAAAAAGGAAGAGGAGUGGGAGAAGAAGAAGGAGGAGGAGAAGAGGAAAGGAGGAGAAGGAGGAGGAGGAGAAGAAGAUGAAGAUGAAGAAGAAGGAGAAGAAGAAGAAGAAAGAGGGAUUAGUAGUAG